AUGCGUAUAAUCUGUGUCGACACCGCUAACGGACGAGUCGUGUAUUGUUUACCCAUAUUCUGACAGAAAUUAAACAUGUUUCCAACAUUUUAUGUGAUCUUACAAACAGUUUUGUUAAUUAUAGGAACAUACAUCUUUUAUCAUGCUGUUUCGAUAUUCAUCAAUUAUCGACAAAACAAGAAAAUAUUUAAUGGAGCUAAGGGUCCAGAAAAACAUCACUGGUUGUUUGGCAGUUUCUUCUAUUUUCCGACAGAUUUGCACGAGCUAACAAAGUAUUUGAUGGAAAUGGGUAAUAAAUAUGGAAGUGAACAAGGCUAUGUUGUACUCUGGGGACUGCUGGGAAAACCUGUUUUGUUUCCAACAUGUCCACGUGUUACUGCAAAACUGUUAAAAGGCAAUGAACCCAAGUCGAGGGGAUUAGAUGGAGGUUACAAACAUUUAUUACCGUGGCUAGGAGAAGGUUUGCUUGUAGCUAACGGUGAAAAAUGGGCGCGAAACAGACGUCUACUGACUCCCGCCUUUCACUUUGAGAUUCUGAAGCCGUACAUAAAUGUUAAUAACCAGUCUGCAGAUGUGUUUGUUAAAAAACUUGCAGCUAAAGCAAAAACCAGUGAAAGAUUUGAAGUGUUCCAGUACGUCAGUAUGUAUACAUUGGAGGUUAUAUUGAAAUGUGCUUUCUCAUACAGCGAAGACGUUCAAACAGCGGGUGAUUCUAACGAAUAUGCGAAUACAGUGAGUAGAAUAACCGACGCUCUUACAUACAGGUUCCUCAAUCCAUUGAUGCACUUUGAUGUCAUUUGGAACCUGAGUUCAACCGGACGACAGUUUAAAAAAGAUUGUGAUUUUGUUCAUGCAGUAGCCGAGGAAGUAAUUGACAAAAGGAGAGAUGCUUUGAAUAAACAAGACAGUACCAAGAGUAGCAGUUACACCGACUUUCUUGAUAUUCUUCUGACAGCACGUGAUGAAGACGGACAGGGUCUUACAAAACUAGAGAUACGGAAUGAAGUGGAUACUUUCUUGUUCGAAGGUCACGACACAACAGCCAGUGCAAUAUCAUGGAUCUUGUAUUCUUUGGCAGAGCACCCUGAAUGUCAACAAAAAUGUCAGACUGAGAUAGAUGAGAUACUUGCAGGCAGGGAAACAGAUGAGCUGGAGUGGUCUGACUUGAGUCACUUAGAAUAUCUUACUAUGUGUAUAAAAGAAGGAAUGCGCCUACAUGCUCCGGUCCCGGGUAUAACACGAGACACCACUCAAGACUUUGAUCUAGACGACAGAGUUGCUCCUAAAGGAACACAAGUCAUUGUUAAUAUUUGGGUAUUAAACCACAUGGAAAAUAUUUGGGGCCCUGAUCACAUGAAGUUUAAACCAGAACGAUUUUCGAAGGAAAGAAUUGACCAAAUUGAACAUUUCCAGUAUGUGCCAUUCUCUGCAGGACCAAGAAACUGUAUCGGACAAAUAUUUGCCAUGAAUGAAGAAAAAGUAGUCCUUACAAAGCUUCUUAGAAAUUUUACAUUUCGUCUUGACACAUCACAUACAGUAAAACGUAAAAUAUCGACUGUCAUGAGAACACAAAAUGGAAUGUACAUGUUUGUUGAGAAACGAAGACCAACCAUUUAUUGAAUUUUAGACAAAGUCUUGUUUUGUAUCGAGGAGAUAUAUGAAAGGCAUCUCUGACCUGAAAUGUACGGUGUAUAUAAAACUGUAGCUUACAAAGAAUGUAGUGUAUAAUGGUGAUAAUAAUGGUGAUAAUAAUUUAUAUAUAUUUAGAAUAUGCAAUACUUAUUUAUUUUAUGUUCAUUUUUAAAGCACUUUUUAUGAUUAAAACAGCCAGACAACAAAAUUAUACAUGUUUAUGAAUAUCCAGAAAGCGUUAAUUAUAUAAUAUAUUUCACAGAGUAAACAAAAAAAUUAGUAUUUACAUGAGUGGUGU